GCUCGACCAGGCCCGGGGGGCUCCGGGGGAGGCUCGGGCUCGGGGGGGGGGGGCUCCCACCAUGUCGGGCGAGGAGGAGGCGGCCGAGCUCACCAUCGCCGAGGACCUGGUGGUGACCAAGUACAAGAUGGGGGGGGACAUCGCCAACCGGGUCCUUCGUGCCGUGGUGGAGGCGGCGAAUCCCGGAGCGUCGGUUCUGUGCCUGUGCGAGAAGGGGGACGCCAUGAUCAUGGAGGAGACCGGCAAGAUCUUCAAGAAGGAGAAGGAAAUGAAGAAAGGAAUUGCCUUCCCGACGAGUAUAUCCGUGAAUAACUGUGUGUGUCACUUCUCCCCGCUGAAGAGUGACCAGGAUUACAUCCUCAAGGACGGAGAUCUGGUCAAAAUCGACCUGGGGGUGCACGUGGACGGGUUCAUCGGGAACGUGGCCCACACCUUCGUCAUCGGCGCCUCCAAGGAAAACCCCGUGCUGGGCCGCAAAGCCGACGUCAUCAAGGCGGCUCAUCUGUGCGCCGAGGCCGCCCUGCGCCUGGUGAAACCUGGGAACCAGAACACACAAGUGACAGAGGCCUGGAACAAAAUAGCUCACUCGUUUCACUGCACACCCAUCGAGGGGAUGUUGUCACACCAGCUGAAGCAACACGUGAUCGACGGGGAGAAAACCAUCAUCCAGAACCCGUCGGACCAGCAGAAGAAGGACCACGAGAAAGCCGAGUUCGAGGUCCACGAGGUCUACGCUGUCGAUGUUCUCGUCAGCAGCGGAGAGGGAAAGGCGAAGGACGCGGGGCAGAGAACCACGAUUUACAAAAGGGACCCUUCCAAGCAGUACGGCCUGAAGAUGAAAACCUCCCGUGCCUUUUUCAGCGAGGUGGAGCGACGCUUCGACACCAUGCCCUUCACCCUCAGGGCUUUUGAGGACGAGAAGAAGGCCCGGAUGGGGGUGGUGGAAUGCACCAAACACGAGCUGCUCCAGCCCUUCAACGUCCUCUACGAGAAGGAAGGGGAGUUUGUUGCACAGUUCAAGUUCACGGUGCUGCUGAUGCCCAACGGGCCCAUGAGGAUAACGAGCGGCCCCUUCGAGCCCGAGCUCUACAAGUCCGACUUCGAGGUGCAGGACGGAGACCUGAAGGCCCUUCUACAGAGCUCUGCAAGCCGGAAGACCCAGAAAAAGAAGAAAAAGAAGGCUUCCAAGAAUGCAGAAAAUGCCACCACGGGAGAGACGGCGGAGGAGAACGAGGCUGGCGACUGAGAGCCCCCAAAUCACUCAAAUGGCCCCUUUUCCCCCCAAAAAAAUCCAACCAGAAGCAAAAUAAUCUGGCACUGUUGGUCCCCUCAGGACCAGGCAGUCUGGACUUCCCACUGACUCCAAGCAGCUCCCGUUGACUUUGCCAGGCAGGGAGGAAUCUCUCGGCCACUUCAGACAACUGAAAAAAGAGCAGAAAAAAUAAAAUUAGGAGUAAAAGUCACUAUUAAAUCUUUAACCUUUUAUAUUUCCCACAUUUGAAGAGGGGAAUUAAUCCCAAUCCAGCAAGAGGGAGUGUAGGGAGCCACCUGCUUCCUUCCUCCUCCUUCUUCUCCUCUUCCUCCUCAUCCUCCUUUUAUAUUUUUUAAUUUUUCCCUUUACAAAUUUUAACGGAGGACAAAAAAACCCACCCAAAACCAGCUAAUUACACCCAGAAAAGUGCCCUGUGUGAGUGAUCUGGGACACGGUGCCAGAGGAUUUAUCUUUCCCCUCUGGGAUUUAUAUUUAUAAUUGGGAAAAACGGCAAAUUUGAGGUCCCCUGGGAGAGUGCUCUGGCUGCUCCGUUUUUGUCUCUGCCUUCAUUUAAGGGAUAAACUCGCUAUUUUUUAACGCAAACUCGUUUUUAAAUUGUCCAGAUCCUCGGAAGCCGCCGACAUUCCGGCCCUGCGGAGGGGCAGGCGAGUCCAAUUCCCUGUGUCCCGGGAGCACAUUCCACCCUUCCCGCCCGUCACCUGGGGCCAGAGGGUUUCUCACCCUUCCCUCUGGGUUAUAUUUGUAACUGGGGAACAACCCUCAGCUGCUCCUCAGGUGCCGGUGAGGGAAGCGCUGCCGGAGCCGCCGGGGCCGAGCCCGGCCGGGGGUAUCGCUCUUUUGUAGUCACUUUUAUAAAAAAAAAACAAAAAAAAAAAAAAGAAAAAAAGCCGCCUGAUGCCAUGAGUUGAAUGUGAGGUUUUUUUCUUUGCCGAUACCUCUGGUUCUUCCCCCCCCACCCCCCCGACGGAGCUGAAUUUGGGAAAAACUCUUGCCUUUUAAGAACAUUCCCGGGCGUCUCCGCAGGCUGCUGUGCUUCCUUCGUCAAGAUCCGAGUUUUCCACCCCAAACUCCACACGUGCAAAUAUUACCAAAGUCAAUAAAAGAGAAUAAACGAUGCGA